AACAAAUCAAUUUUGCUAACUGACUUUCACUUAACGGCAGGUUGGAAUCCGUUUGACCGGUCAAUCGCUUGAUUUCAAAUAACUCUCGAGCCAUUGUUCUCAUGCACAAGCGUUGGAUCGGAGUUUUGAAUAUCGGUGCUUGAAUACGCGUAAAUAUCGAGUCUACGAGCUGAUGAAUUUUUUCUUCAGCUUCUUCGCUAUCAUCAUCAUCGUCCAUUGUUUUCAACUCGCAGUAAUCGGCAUAGAUCUGUCCGACAGCACCCCAACCCUGAACCAAGUUUGUAACGGCUAUGACUAUGAAAAACUGGACAAAAAGCAAGUCUCACUAAACACAUCAACAACGCACUGUGAUUUUAUCAGCGACUUUUUCCAUUCGUUCCACCAAUGGACGGAGUUUAUGUAAGUCACCCAUGGCAAUUGCAUUCGGCGCGACUUCUUCUGUGAAUAACCGCAAUGCACCAGCGUAGUCGCAGGCGGUUAGGGAGUAUGAACAAGCCAGUUCGAAGUUUCCUUGUGCCUUUGCUUUAGCGCACUUAGCUGCAGCAAUCCAUUCAAUUGGAAUUUCACAUAUGGCCGAGAUUCGUUCAUAGUCUUGCGGACAAGCUGUCAACGACAUACGAUCCAAUACAUCCCGGAUCGCUACUAUUCGACAUUGAUCGUGACUAAUGUGACUGAGCACGAAUAUUGCAAGAUGCCACUGUUCUAGAGAUGUCAGUAGACACGAGUACGAAGUAUGAAGCCGCUGCUCAGCAGCCGGUGACAUUGUAUUGUAGCCAAGGGCCCGGAGUAAUGACCAAAUAUGCCAGCUCAGGUGAGCAUCUAAUGGGUUAGGACUAAGCAUCGACGCAGCGUCGAGUACAGCUUCGACUUGAUGGCUUGGCGAACAUGCCAGACGUAUAAGCUGCUCAUAAACGUGGGAAUCUGGCGAGGCGGCUCUUCCAGCCGCAACAUCUUCGCUGAACGAAUCAAGGGCAUCUUCGAGGAAUCCUCCACAGUUGACCCACCACAGAUGGAUGCCAAAUGCCUGUCGCCAAUCGAGACCCUCCAAACAGUUCAACUUGAUCGUUUUCCCUUUAUGUUUGAAUUCUGCAUGAGUCUUACCAGCCAGUACGAGGUAGAUUUUGAGAAGAUCGUCCUCCAGUACACCAAGCUCAUUAGUUGCCUCCCACAUUUGCAGCAUGUUGGCACAGUCACUUCGCCCAGGUUCCUCUGCCGAAAGCGCUGCCGAGAUCAUCAGUGAUAACAUUGUCAGUCCACCUUCAUUUGCCGUCCUCAUAGCCUCUUCGAUAUCACCACAGCACAUUCGAUCCCAGAUUUGUGAAACAAUUGCUGUUCCUCCAGCUGCUUUCUUUUUCGGAAGACUUGCUACUUCAUCACGAAGCCAUUUGCCAACUUCAUGAGCACGUUGCCAGUGCCACUGACCAGACUUGUCAGCCAAGAAGAGGGCUUGGCACAAACGCCACACUCUCUGCUCCACAACACAUUCACUCUGCGUUGCUGUUGCCAAAAACGAGUCCAAGAGCUCCAUUGCCGAGUCAUCAGCUGGUUUGACGCGUGGAGCGGAAGACUGACCCUCGAUCUCACAAUGCCGCACACGUGCGCUUGUUGAAGAAUUUCGAUGAAUUGUUUUCGAUAAUCGAACAUUGUGCUCAAGCAUAUCGAUGAUGAGCUGCUUGGGUACAUUGCUAUUAAAUUGAAGCGCACAUAUUUGAACUUCAUUUGAUGCCGGUUGUAGGCUGAACGAGAAUUGUCCACCUUGACUCCAACUAACACGGCUGGAUGAACCAUGGGCGCAAGCAGCAUUUAUUAUAGCACUCUUUUUGUAUCCGACGGUCUUACAUGCCUCAACUCCUCCUCGAAAGACAUUUGGAGGUUCACUGCGUGUUAGAGUUAUGCGACGAACAGGUCGUACAGACAACGUUGAGAGUUCCAUUAGACGUCUAAAACGAUCAUGUAGUUCUCAUUUUCAAUCACUACAUAAUAGCUCAACUUACUUGCUCUCCUCGUAAACGUAAUCUAAAACCUCUUCCAUUUUCGGUUUUUUCUCGGGCACCUGGAAUUCCUCGCUAUCUCUCCAGUUUGCAAUUUCAUAAUCUUCGUACAUCGCCUCAUCAUCGUAGUCCACAUCCAUGCGACCUCCUAGUCCUUUCACCUUCACUUCCGAUGUUGGGUAACGUCUCGGCAGCACGUUGAUGUCCGUCUCAAUGGGAACCUCGUGGAUCGCUUCACCUCCUUCGGUAUGCAGUUGCACUUUUGGUACUUUUGCACGUUGCACAUGAGACUGUAAAUGGUGUUCCUCCAAGGAUGUGUUCAGGUCAUUAGCAGAGAUAUCGCCAGAGAGAGUUGAUGUACCGCGCGACUUCGGAACGACUGCUACAUCAGCAUCGUCUUCAUCGUCCGGCAGCCCAUAUUUGCUGAAGUGCUCCACGCGGAAAACCCAACUACCGGUCGAAGGCCGAUAGUCUUUAAAUGUAGCACCCAUACGUGCCGUCACCUUCUCUAGUCGAUCUCGCCACCCAAGGUCGAUCAGUUUCAAUGGAUCUCUUAUCUCUUCUUUAG